ACUCACCUCAAGCGCUUGGCCUCGUCUAUGAACGGACGCUUCUCCUCCUCGAUACAUUCGAGGCACUCGGAGCUCUUGUCGAAAGCUGGCUACAGCCAUUGGAGUGCACUCAGGAGAAGCUGUCGCAAAAUGGGGGUUACCCCGAUCCCCUUAGGACCUCUUGUCUUGCCUUGUCUGCGCAAGAAGGAUAACAGCAAACAAUGUCGUUGUCGUCGAGCACUGUUCUCCUCACUCUACACCCUACACUCUAUACUCUGCACUCCCCACAAACCGUCUCUUUCUGCCCCGCCAUUGUUCGGGGUUCCCCUUCGAUUCAGACGGGUUUUCAGCUUGCCCCAGCAGGUGAUAUCGGGUUACUUUUCGGAAUGGCUUAGGGGUCGCGGGAGGUACGUUCUUGUGGGCGUUGGCCAGGAUAUGUAUGUACAAGACACUCCCCCCACACAGAGAGACACAGACCCAAAUACACGUGCCACAAUGAUAGGAUACACAGCAAGGACACAUCCUAUAAGUGGCACAGGGGUUGCUUUCGCUUCCAUUCUGGCGCUGGUUCCUCCAUUGUGUGUUUGGAAAUUGCAAAUGUUUUUCAGUUAAUGUAAAAUGUUAUA